CUGGUCGUGAUUUGCCGAUUUCGAAUAAGAACGAAUACAACGAAACGGAGUCGACGCGAACAUCCCACCAAGCCUCCGUACUGGGCCUAUCUCCCGAACACAGUGCACAAUGGCCUCAGCAGUCCAUCCGCAGCAGAUGAACGGCCUGCCGAAAAAGCCCACCGCCGCCGGAUCCCGCCCAGCCGUCAAGAAGCCCUACACACCAGCCAAGAAACAGCAAGUCAAUGGCGCUCGCACAGCGGCACAAAACUCCGCGCGACCAGUACCCAACAAAGCAGCUUCCAUCGCCGGCGAGACUGGUGGGGGAGUGACAUCCGCGUAUGCCAUCAUGGCGAGCCGGAUCGCGAAUCGGGUGGCGGAGAUGGCGGAGAGUAUCACGUUUGUUGAGAGACCCCAGCAACAACCUCCCUCCGAACAACCCGCUCCACCACCCACCGCCGAGACCGAAAAACGUCGUCCCCGCAAACUCGAAAUGCGCCUCCCAUCCUCUUCGCCCGACAGCAUCGCCUUCUCGGCCCCAUUCCUCGACAACACGCUGCAGAAGAUGCUGCAGUUGCAGAAUCGGAUGCUCAAGUCGACGGCGGAGUUGAGCAAAAGUGAGGGCGUGGAUGAGAAGUUGGUCAAGGAGCAUGCGAGUCAGAGUGCGGAACUGUCGAGGAUCGUGGCAUUGAUCUGUGCGGAGAAGGCGAGGCAGGGUGCUUGA